UAUCCGCUCAUGUAGCCUGUCUAAACUUUGUCUCAGAUACUCGUUUUCAAGAAAUAAACUAAUACAAAAACUAUUUAGCAUAGACAGUAGCUUCUACUCCUCAAAAUGGGCGACGAUACGGACACCCCUCCAGAAAGGGAAAUGAAGGAUUUCCAGUUUCGUCAGAUGAAGAAAGUCCAAGUUUUUGAGCCUGCUGACACAAUGCCUAAAGACAGAUCGAAUCUGUUGACCAUCUCAAACAAGUUUGGUUUAACAUUUGUGGGACUUGACAGAACAUUUAAAGUGUACUUAACUCAAGAUAUUCUUGCUGCUGAUAAAGCUGAUGGGAACUCUUAUGAAGUCGUCAAAGGGAUAGCAGCGCUGGCAGAGGUGACUGUGGAGAUGACUUUGCACCAUUUGGCUCUCAGCUGUGAUGAACUCACUCUGUCUGUAUGUGGUAUAGCUGAGGAGGCGGGUUUGUCCCUUACGUUCUAUGACGUCCGGACAUUCCUGAACAAGGCAAACCCCCAAAAGAUGCCAUUUGCAUCUGUGCAGCCAGCUGUGGAUGUUGGUACUUUGAUGCAGGACCUGAAGUGGAAUCCGGUUCAUCCGUCCAUGUUGGCUGCCUGCUUGUCUGAUGGCAGCAUGAUGAUUUUGGAUGUUACAGAUGUUGUCAAAGUGCAAGCUCAACUACCUGCAACAAGUGGCAUCACCUGCAUUUCCUGGAGUCCAAAAGGAAAGCAGGUUGCUGCAGGGAAAAUGAAUGCCACAGUCAGUCAGUAUACACCAGCACUAGAGGAAAAAAGAGUCAUCCAAUGUCCUCACUUUUACACCUCAAAUGACCCGGUCAAAGCUCUGGAUGUGUUGUGGCUGAGAACGUAUGUUUUUGCUGUGGCGUAUGCUGCUGCUGACGGGUGUUUGGAGAGACCUCCUGAAUUAGUGUUAAUUUCCUUACCUAAAAAGGAUGAAAAGGUGGAGACCAAGUAUCUCAGUUUUGGUGACUGUGUGUUUAACAGCAACGCGGAGCGACAGCAUCACUACUUCCUAAGUCACAUAGAGGACUGGGAUCUUUUGUUUGUGGCAUCAGCAGCUUCUAUUGAGGUCAACGUGAUGUCACGACAGGAUGAUAAGGUGUGGGAACUUUGGCUUCUUGAGGAUGCAAGUAGAGCAGAACUUCCUGUGACUGAGACAAGUGAAGACACACUGCCUCUUGGAUUAGCUGUAGACUUCACCAGCCAGCAGGAGAUCCACAUCACUGACGAGAAGACAUUGCCGCCAGCACCCAUCAUGCUGAUGCUGUCUACGGAGGGGUUACUCUGCCCAUUUGCUCUUCUCAACCUAAAUCCUGGGGUCAAACAGCUGGUCUCACCCUCUACUAUCCUCGCCUUGGAAGGAGAGAGAGUGCCAAAGCCAGGUUCUUUGGCAACCCAGCCAGCCAAACCUGCUGCCUACGUUCCAUCUGCUCCAGCAUCAUUCCCAAACCUUGGAUUUCCUUCUACUACUGCUUUUAGCCUGUCAGCCCCUGCUGCCUCUUCCUCCCCUGCAGCCCCAUUCAGUUUUGUUUCUACAGCGCCUGCGUCUUCGUCGGGGUUUUCCUUUUCAAUUCCAACCACUUUCUCCACCACCUUGGCCCCUUCAGCCCCUUCAGCGUUCUCCUUGGGGGGAUCUGCGCCUUUUGGCUCUGGGCCCUCAAGCUUCUCGUUCGCUUCCAAACCUCCCUCUGAAACUCCCUCCGCGCUCUCAGCAUUUUCCCUCAGCACCCCUUCCAUCAAACCCCUGCCAGCAGCAGCCCCAGCUUCAACACCUCAGGGUUUUUCCACUGCGUCACCACCUACUAUCAAAUUAAACCUAAAUGAGAGGUUUUCACCAGUGGAGACUCCAGCACCAGCUUUCUCAUUUGGUUCCAGCCUACCCAAACCUGCCAUUUCCAGUUCCAGCAGCGUGAGCGCUGCUUCACUCCCAUCCGCCAAGUUACCAGCUGGAUUAGCCCCAGUGCGCCCUGUUCAGACCAGCAUACCUACCAAUAUUGUGCAGAAACCUGCUCCUGCUGCACAAACUCGUGUCCAAACUCCACAGGCAGCUGUUAGCAUGAAGGGUACGGAGAAGCCGCUACAACAAAAGAGAGAGACUGAUCCCAUUAUGACUGGUAUAUUGGAGGAGAUUGCGCACUUCCAGAAGGAAUUGGACGAACUGAAGGCUCGCAGUGCAAAAGCUGACUUUAAGCUUGGCACCAACGAUGAGAUGAAGGAGCUGAGAAAAGAGUCGGAGGAGCUUCAUAUUUUCACCUUGGAGAUCAAAGAAACUACAGAGUCUCUCCAUGGGGACAUUGGUACACUGAAGACCACUUUACUGGAGGGCUUUGCUAGUGCAGAAGAUGCUAAGACCCAGAGUGAGCUGAGCAAAGACAGAAACUACAGACAGCUGCUGUACAAAAAGCCUCUGGAUCCACGCAGUGAGGAACAACUCAAGGAGAUUCGUAGACUCUACCAAUAUGUUACUUUUGCUGUAGAGGAUGUUAAUGACGUAUUGGACGUAGAAUGGGAGAAACAUCUGGAGAAGAAGAAAAAACAGAAACACAUGGUUGUGCCCGGCCGUGAGGGUCUGUUCACUACACUGUCCAACAACCUGUACAUCAUCAACCAGCAGAAGAGCACACUGGAUCAUCUGGUUCAAGAUCUCACCUCGCUGCGCCUCUACAGCAAAACGGCCACGCCUUCAAAAAAACAAGAUGCUACCACUGCAACCACAGCUGGUUUGGAAACUGAGCUCGAGAGUUUAAAGAGUGCAUUGCUGAAAGCCAGGCUGGAUGAUACCCCUCCUAAAACAAAAGCCAAAUCUCCAGCUGUCAAGGUAUCACCAGCUAAACAGUCCCAGCUGCGCAACUUCCUGUCAAAGGGACAGAUGCCUCCUGUGCGCUCAACUGCACCAGCCAACUUGUCUCGUUCGGCCUUCCUUUCUCCUAAAUACUACGAGGAUCUGGAUGAUGUGAGCUCGACGUCUUCCCUGUCCCAGUCUCUGGAGCCCCACCCGCCUCACUUGGAGCUGGAAGAGGAGGAACUGCAGCCACUACAUCCUUUAUCUGUGACUGCCUUGGCUCCAGCAUUAACCACCCCCCGCCACCCCACAGUUGUAAGGACCCCCUCUAUCCAACCAGGCUUUGGAGCCAUCCAGUCCACUCCUCUGUCCUCAGUCACAAAGAUUCACCCAGUACCAGGUGUGGGCUUUGGACUCAGUCCUAUUGCUAGCCCUGUUCCAACCAACAAGAUGAACCUCAGUGGGGCUGAAAGCACAGCUCUUGCCACAAAGACGGUAAAACAUGGAGCUCCACCAGCAGAGAGAACAAUACCUGUCACCAUCUCUGCCCAGCAGGCUGCAGCCACUGCUGCGCUGCGCAGACAAAUGGCAAAUCAGAAAACAGCUGUUAGUCCUUCCUUGAGAGAGUCCACUUUGAAGACGGUUCCCCUGGUGGUCAAUGUUCAGGAUCUCAAGGACAAAGGGCUGCCUGUUCCAGUGCCUUCCAUCAUCAGCUCCACAGUGCCAGACCUGACAACUCAGACUUUUGCAGCAGUUUCUGCCAACCAAGUGAAACGAAUUGCUGACAGUUUGGCAACUGAAGAGAGAGUAUUUGCUACAGGGAAUACAGCUGCAAGUAUGCAAAAGAUGUCCACUGAAAGUGCAUCCAUCCCACAGAUGAGCUUUGUGUUUGGUCCACCAUCCAAAACAGAUGUUGCUGUGGUUCCUGCUAGUUCAGUGGAGCAAAACAGCAGCAAGCCUUUCUCCUUCACAUCAGGAUCAUCGAGCUUCAGUUUUUCUUCUGUCACACAAGGAGCUGGAAAUUCACAAGUUAAAGAUGUGAAUAAAUUCUCCUUUGGUGGAAAUGGCAAAAUGGUGUUUGGUCAGAUUGGAGAACAGCCAUUCUCCCUCACCCCAAAGCCCACCACCUCUAACCUUGGCAGUCAGUCUCCCACUCUGGGUUCAAACACAUUGAAUGAAGCAGCCAAAACCACAUCCAGCACCACUGCUUUAAGGACAGACCCACAACUUCCAAAGACAACAGGAGGAGAGACUCUGGGUAUAUUCUCUGGGCUACGUGUGGGCCAUGGUGAAGAAGUCAAAGAUUCUGCACCAAAACCUGCUUCAUUUACGUUUGGGGACACUAGUCUUGGCCUGGGCAAGGGAGUGCAGAACUUUAGCUUUGUUGCAUCGGACCUAUCUAAGGGAACAGCACCGAGCAGUUUGUUCAAACCUCCUGAAUCAAACACCAAGCCAGCUUUUUCAGUUCCUCCUCCUACCUCAGCUGCUUCAGCUCUGCCUACAUCCUUCAGUAGCCUUCUUGCACCUUCUUCAGAGUCAUCAGAGGAACUAAAAGCUCCCCAGCAGCCUUCAGAGCCUACACCACCCCCUGUAGAAGAACCUCCCACUACUAGUGAACCAGCUGUCGAGAGCAGCGGGCAGUUUGUAGCACCAGAGCCUGCUGCAGUGGAGGCAGCAACACCUGCAGCAACACCUGCAGCAACACCUGCAGCUCCUUUGGGCACAACUGUCCCUAACCUAGAGCCGACUCCUACCGUCACUGUAGCAGCUGAAGCAACCCCUCCACCACCAGCCACUGCUCCACCCACAACUGAACCCCCCUCAGAUCUAUCUUCUGCUGCUUUUGUGUCCACUUCAGCUCCUGCUACAGAGGCCCCUGUCUCCCAGUCACCCCCAGCACCACUCCAGGUGCCCACAUCAGACAAACCAGGCUCCAUUUUUACUCAGUGUGCUCCUGCAGUAACAGACAGCAGUUCCAUCGGCAUCACCCCAGUCAUCAGCACCGCAGCUCCUGCAGCCACCACUCCCACGGUAGUUAGUAGCAGUGCAACAACUACUGCUGCCAACUCUGUGUUUGGGCAACGUGCUGAACCUCCUGCAUCCUCUGCCCCAGCAUCCACGGGAUUCGGCUCAUCUGGGUUUGACUCAUCAACUGAAACUAGUUUUGGUAAAUCUGUGUUUGGCCAAAUAAAUGCCUUUGGUCAACCUACCAGUGGUUCUGGGACAUCUGCUGGCUUUUCGUUCACCCAGUCUGCAUUUGGAGCAACUUCGAGUAGUGCAACUACUGGCUCAAGCAGUCUUUUUGGGUCUGCUACUCCUACCAACGCAAGUUCCUUCUCCUUUGGCACAAGCAGCGCCAACACAGCCAGUAACACAGGCACAGGGCUGUUUGGACAAAGCACAGCACCAUCGUUCGGUCAGAGUUCUGGGUUUGGGCAAGGAUCUCUGUUUGGGAGUAACACCACCACAUCUUCAUCUUCAGGCUUCAGCUUUGGUCAGCCAGGUUUUGGCUCCUCUUCUGCCACUUCUGUGUUUGGUCAACCAUCUUCUACUGGUACCGUGUUUGGGCAGCAGCAGUCAAGUCUGUUUGGGUCAAGUUCAGCCAAUACAGCGGGCUCAUCGUCUGGCGGAGGGUUCUUCAGUGGUCUGGGAGGUAAACCGAGUGAAGAUGCCACCAACAAGAACCCAUUUGGCACCACUGCAUCCACUGGCACCUUUGGGCAGGCAGCUCAGACUGGUACCAACAGUCUUUUUGGAAAUAGUGGAGCAAAGGCCUUCGGUUUUGGCCAGUCCACCUUCGUGGAGCAGAAACCCAGCGGGACCUUCACCACUGGUGCGGGGAGCGUUGCGUGUCAAGGCUUUGGCUCCUUCUCUACACCACAAAAAACAGGUGUUUUUGGCAGCGCUCCGGUGUUUGGCAGCCCCCCUUCGUUCGGUGGCUCCCCAGCUUUUGGCGGCGGAGCCUCGUUUGGCUCCAGUCCUUCUUUCAACAGCCCCAUGGGUUCUUCAGCUGGGAAAGUGUUCGGUGAGGGAACGGCGGCCUCAAACAUGGGAGGAUUUGGCUUCGCCUCGGCCCCCAGCGCCCCUUCUUUUGGCGCUCUAGCCAGUCAGAGUGCUCCGACGUUCGGGAGCAUGGCCCAGCAGGGCACUGGGUUUGGAAGUCAACCCAGCAACUUCUCCAGUUUUGGUCAGCCACAGCCCCAGACUGGAGGUUUCUCUGGAAGCACCUUUGGAUCUGCAAACCAGUCACAUCCUCAAACAUUUUCCAGCUGGAGAAGCUAGUUGUUGUUUUUAUUUCUCAUUAUUAUUUUUAAACCUCCAUCAUCUGAGCUGUUCUGCUGUCGAGGCCACAGGAAGCCCGUCUUGUUUCAGUGGAUAAAUGAAGUGAAGACUCUUCGCCCAGCAGCUCAUAGAAGAUCAACAUAUUCACGUACAUUUAUUAUGACUUUGUGUCUCGUCAGGAUACAGUCGAUUCAAGUAUUUUAUUUUGUACGUGCAAAGGCAGAAACGUGCGCUCAUGCUGUGCACGCAUCAGUAACUUCAUUUCAGUUUUUG